UAAAGCUGUGGUGAGGAGAUUCGUCGUCAGUCAGACAGUCACUCAAACGGUCUGCAGUCAUGGAAACGGCUUCCUGCUCCCUUCUCUACACUCUUCGCGUCUCCACCAAUGAAAUUUCCAGGAGAGCCUUUCUUCAUUCGAUUCCCUCUGUUUCUCACGCUUCUGUCAGGAAUUCUCGAUUCCACGGUAGAAAUCUGCAGUUCAGUCGGUGUAUUGCUUCCAACUCAGUGUCCUGUCCCCGCGACGAUACGCCAUCUAAAGAACUUGCUGUUCUUCUUGAAGUGGAAGGAGUCCUAAUGGAUGUAUAUCGAUCAUGCAAUCGCCAAGCCUUCAAUGCAGCAUUUAGAAAACUUGGCUUGGACUGUGCAAAUUGGACACAACCAAUUUAUUUAGAUCUUCUAAGGAAGGCUGGUGGCAAUGAGGAAAGAAUGCUAGUCUUGUUUUUUAACAGGAUUGGUUGGCCUACUUCAUUGCCUACUAAUGAGAAAGAAACAUUUAUGAAAAGUGUAAUUCGCGAGAAGAGAAAUGCAUUGGGAGAGGUGGUGAUGGAAAAAACUUCACCUUUACGACCUGGAGUUGAAAAUUUUAUUGAUGACGCACUGAAUGAAGGUAUACCUGUGGUUAUAUUAACAACUUACAGUGAAAAUGGUGAUAAGAUAUCCAGGUCCAUAAUUGAAAAGCUUGGAGAUGAAAGAAUCUCAAAUAUAAAGAUCAUUGGAAAGGAGGAGGUUGAGCGAAGUCUGUAUGGUCAACUUGUUUUUGGUAAAGGUGUAUCUUCUAGUUUGGAUGAGCAACUAGCCAAGGAAGCUAGGAAAGCAGCUUCUGCUGAGAAACUAAGGAUAGCAGAGGAGGUUGCGUCCAUGCUAAAGCUCAGAGUUGAGAUUGGUACAGGCACACCUGAAAGUCUUCAAAACAUUGUGGCAUCAUUGCGUGCUGGAGCAGAAUAUGCAAAAGUACCAGUACAGAACUGUGUGCUUAUUGCUGGAAGCCAUUCUGGAGUGGUGGGAGCUAAGCAAAUUGGCAUGCCAUAUGUGAUUCUCCGGAGUAGGAUUUAACCUCGGGGAAGAUGAUUGGGGGUGCUAAACUAGAUGGUGGCCUCUACCUCUUUAAUAAAGGAUCAACCUUUGGAAGGCAAGACCGAUAGACUUGUUUCAGCUCUAUCUCGGUUUCUAGUGACAGUGAAGUUUUGUUAUGGCAUUAUCGGUUAGGACAUCCUAGCUUUCAAUAUUUAAAGCAUCUAUUUCCCAAGUUAUUCAUGAAUAAAAUUCAUUCGUGUUUUAAGUGUGAAUCUUGUGAAUUAGCAAAACAUCAUCGUGUUGAUUUUCCUUCCCAACCAUAUAAAAAAUCAAAACCAUUUACCAUGAUUCACAGUGAUGUUUGGGGUCCUUCUAGAGUAACAAUUCUUUCUGGAAAGCGUUGGUUCAUUACUUUUAUUGAUGAUCAUACUAGGGUCACUUGGGUUUUCCUUUUAAAAGAGAAAUCAGAUGCUGAAACUAUGUUUCAAACUUUCUAUAACAUGGUUCAAACACAAUUUCAAACUCAAACUAAAAUUUUUCGAAGUGAUAAUGGAAAGGAAUUUUUUAACAAUGUGUUAGGGAAUUUUUUUGCUGAGAAAGGAAUUGUACACUAAAGUUCGUGUAAUAAUACACCUCAACAAAAUGGGGUGGCUGAAAGGAAAAWCAAACAUCUCCUUGAAGUUGCUAGAGCCCUAAGUUUUCAAACUAAGGUUCCUAAGUAUCUUUGGGGAGAAGCCGUUUUAACAGCCACUUAUUUGAUUAACAGACUGCCUACACGAAUUUUGGAUUUUAAAACACCCAUACAGGUUUUCACUGACUGUUUUCCUAACUCUCGGCUAGUGACAAACAUUCCCUUUAAAAUUUUUGGAAGUGUGGCCUUUAUUCAUAACCAUGAUCCUAAACAUUCAAAACUUGAUCCAAAAGCACAUAAAUGUAUUUUUGUAGGCUAUCCCACUAAUUAGAGAGAUUACAAAUGCUUUGAUCCAGUUUUGAAAAGGAUGUUUGUGACUAUGGAUGUCACAUUCUUUGAAGGAACCUCCUACUACAGACACUCCCAUCUUCAGGGGGAGAGCAACACUAGUGAAGAUGAUCUUUUAGUUGGUUCUGAUUUAAUGUUUGAAUUUGUCCAUAAUGAUGUUCCUCACAACUAGUCACCGAAAGAAAGUAAUGCAGAAAAUACAAAAGCAGUGGAAACAAAUGAAUUAAAUAUUGAAAAUGAACAACCUUCGGUGAUGCCAUCUCAAAAUAAAAAAGUUAAAACAACAGAGAUGUGUGCAAAACAG